CUAUCUUCUUCCCCAAGUUUUCUCUCUUUCUCCCUCAUCCCCUACACGACGAUUAGGGUUUUGCCUCCAUCUGGGGGUGAACGAUCGAUCAUCUUCACGAUUUCCGAUUCCCACGAUUCACUUUCAUCCCGAUCAAGUUGAAUUUUUUACUUCUUUUAUUAUUCAUUUCAUUGAUUCGUUCGAUGGAUGCUUCGGAUCUUGUUAGUCUGGGCGAUGGAAAGGGCUGGCCUCCUGGGUUUCGGUUCCAUCCUACCGAUGAGGAAUUGGUUGUGUAUUAUCUCAAGAGAAAGAUGUGUCGCCGGAAGUUGAAGCCAGACGUAAUCGGCGAGACUGAUGUUUAUAAAUGGGAUCCAGAGGAGUUACCUGGUGUGUCCAAGCUGAAAAGUAGGGAUAGACAGUGGUACUUCUUCAGUCCCAGGGAUAGGAAGUACCCAAAUGGAGCAAGGUCUAAUAGGGCAACUAGACAAGGGUAUUGGAAAGCAACUGGAAAAGAUCGCAUCAUUACUUGUAAUUCUCGCCCCGUUGGCCUUAAGAAGACCCUGGUGUUUUACGAAGGUCGUGCUCCAUCUGGGAAAAGAACAGACUGGGUGAUGCAUGAAUAUACUAUGGAUGAAGAGGAGCUACAAAGAUGCCAGAGAGUGAAAGAAUACUUUGCUCUUUAUAAAGUUUACAAGAAAAGUGGACCUGGUCCAAAGAAUGGAGAACAGUAUGGAGCUCCGUUCAGAGAAGAAGAGUGGCUUGAUGAUGAUGAUGACGACGAAGAAGUAGAAGAAGCUGAAUGCAGUAAAUCUCGAAAGAAGUUUGAUAAUACAUGUUCAAAGGAUCAGGAUACAACUAUUAGCCAAAGGAACCAAUUGCUUGAUGAUUUCGAUGAUUUGCUGAAGAAUGGUGUAAAAAAUACUUUACUUGAGGAGCUGAAUAAUGAGUUUCCUUUUCCAGAGGAAGUUGAUGCUGAUGGACAAGAAAUCGGCUUACUUGAUGCAAACCAGCAAUGCUUUGACUAUACACAGUUGACCAACAACCUUAAUGAGUAUUCGGAAUUGACAAAUACAGUUACUGAUAUUGAUCAGUUUCAGAUGGCUCAGGAAGAACCUUUAGAAGAUUAUCUGGAAAUGAAUGAUCUUUUUGAUGCAUCAGAUCCUGCGGGAGGAGAGAUUGAUGGUUUGAGUAUUCUUGAUUUAUACCAUGAUGCAGCUAUGUUUAUUCAAGACAUGGGACCUGAUAAUUCAGGGAUGGUGUUUAGUUCGAUUACGGAUCAUGUUGACGGCGAAUAUGUGGAGCAAGCUUCUUCACAGCCAUGUCUAAAUCAUAUGAACAAUGAAGUGGCGAAUCCUGAUACUCAUUUACUCGCAAGCAAUCUGGAUAAUGCUGAAUGGAUGAACAUCUAUUCAUUGUGUACUACGAAUCAGAUGAAUGGUUAUGAGCCCAUUGAAGAUCAAAUGUGGGUCCAUAAUCAGAAUCUUAAUGUUGAGGAGACUAUUAUUCAACAGACUCCUGUUUCAGGUGUGGUUUAUGAUGAAAAUCAAAAUCAAAAUCAAAACCAAAAUCAGAACAUUGAAAGAGGAAACUCUUGGUUCUCAUCUGCUGUAUGGAACUUUGUGGAUUCCAUUCCAUCAUCUCCUGCUUCAGCUGCGGAAAGUGUUAUGGUGACGAAGAGAUUUGAGCGAAUCUCGAGUUUGAGUAGGUUAACUAGUAAGAAGUUUGAGAGGAUGUCGAGCUUCAGCAGGUUAACUGCUAAGAUAAGAAGAAAUCCCGACAAUGAGAAUGAAGAUGGUAACAACAACAACAAAGGAAAAUCCAGAAGCAGGUAUAACAGUUGGGGAAUGUACUACUGUUUUUCGCUAAUUGGAGUUAUUAUUGCUAUUUUAUGUUUGUCUAAAAACUUAUUAGGCAGUUGUUUUCCAUUCCUGUCGUGACCUGUUCAUGUGUAAUAUAUUAUUAAUGUCGAAUGUUGUCGUUCGCGGUGCUGGUUUUUUUCUUUUUUCUUUCCAGUAUUGGCUGGAAUCUAAUGAAAGAAUUUUAUUAGUUAUAUGUUCUUUG